ACGCAAUGGUGCAGUAUUCAGCAGUAUUUAAUAUGGCGCACAACAGACACAAUAGGCUUGUUAUACCUAAUAUAUUAGUUGAACUAGAACUUGAGUCUUCAGAUGAAGAUUUUGAUUUAAUACCACCAUUACCACCACCACUUUUGGUUGAAGAUAAUGAUGAUCAUAAUGAAUUACAAAUAUUUCAUCCAGUUUUUGGAAUGAUUCAACGAAUAGAACACAUAAAAAUAAAUAAUUAUGUGGAAAACAUAGUCCAAAAUUAUAACAACAUCGAUUUCAUUAUGCACUUUCGUUUAUCAAGAGAAGUAGCAUACGAUUUAAUAAACCAAUUCCGUGUAUCUGAGAUAUUUACUUCCUUACAAAAAGGAGGACGUUUACUGGAGAAGUUACUGCAGAAAAACAAAUUUUAUGUUACCUAUGGUUUGUAGGCCAUGAAAGUGCUGGUUAUCGUGAUGUGGCUGACAGAUUUGGAAUAACUUAUUAAUGUUUUGCAUAAAGUUAUUACCAGAAUAAAGUUAUUACUAGUAACUGAUUUUAUUAUGUAUUUAGCACCCAAUAUUAUUCGAUAUCCAACUGCAGAUGAAAAAGAAGAAAUAUGCUUCUCAUUAUCGCAAUGAGAAAGAGUUCCCUGGUGUAAUUGGUGCCAUAGACGGAUCCCACAUUAGAAUUGACAAACCUACAGAAGAUCCCAACUCAUAUAUUAAUCGGAAACAAUACUUUUCAUUGUAUAUCCAAGGCGUAGCCAACCACAAUAUGAAAUUUCUUGAUGUAUUUGUCGGAUAUCCUGGCUCCGUCCAUGACACGAGAGUAUUUAAAAAUUCACCAGUUCGUAAUGAUCUUCAUGAACUUUGCAGAGAUAAUUAUUAUUUAUUAGGAGACAGUGCGUACCCUUGCUUAAAACAACUAAUUGUCCCAUUUAAGGAUAAUGGGUACUUGACACAUGCACAAAGAAAUUUUAAUCAAAAAUUAAGUUCUUGUCGCGUAAUUAUAGAGAAUGCUUUUGGUUGUCUAAAACAACAGUUUAGGCAGUUAUAUUACUUCAAGUUACGUGAUAUAGUAAGAAUGGUUCGCAUUAUACAUGCUUGUUAUGUAUUUCAUAAUAUGGCGAACGCAGGAGAAAUAUAAUAUUUUGAAG